GGUUCAGCCAUGGUCAACCCCACUGUGUUCUUCGACAUCGCCGCCGACGGCGAACCCUUGGGCCGCGUCUGCUUCGAGCUGUUUGCAGAUAAAGUUCCCAAGACGGCAGAGAACUUCCGCGCUCUGAGCACUGGGGAGAAGGGAUUCGGUUACAAAGGUUCCUGCUUUCACAGGAUUAUUCCUGGGUUUAUGUGCCAGGGUGGGGACUUCACACGCCAUAAUGGGACUGGUGGCAAGUCCAUCUAUGGGGAGAAAUUUGACGAUGAGAACUUCAUCCUGACGCAUACGGGCCCUGGCAUCCUGUCCAUGGCAAACGCUGGACCCAAUACAAAUGGUUCCCAGUUUUUUAUCUGCACUGCUAAGACUGAAUGGUUGGAUGGCAAACAUGUGGUCUUCGGCAAGGUGAAAGAAGGGAUGAACAUUGUGGAAGCCAUGGAGCGUUUUGGGUCCCGGAAUGGCAAGACCAGCAAGAAAAUCACCAUUGCUGACUGUGGGCAACUCUAG